CCACGGAGCACCAAAGGAAAGCAUCUCACUUGGAGAACAAAAAAAAAAAAGAGAAAGGAAAGCACUCACUCCAAUUCUAUCAUGAGGUUCUCCAUGAGUAAGCUGGCAGCGGCACUGGUUGUUCCCUCCGAGCCAACGCCAUCCGGCAAUCUCCCCCUCUCCUCCAUCGACCGAACGACAGCGGUUCGAGUCACCGUCGACUUGAUAUUGGUGUUCGAACAUGGCGAAGAGCCGGCAAAGGUCAUAAGGGAAGCCUUGUCCAAGGCCUUGCUCCCCUAUUACCCUGUCGCCGGCCGGAUCGUUGAGCCCAACUCAGGGGAGCCGGAGGUGGCCUGCACCGGUGAUGGUGUAUGGUUUGUUGAGGCAUCGGCGAAUUUUGGCCUUAAAGAUGUGAACAACCUCGAACGCCCUCUCAUGAUACCAAAGGAAGAGCUCCUUCCAUGUCCUCCACCUCAAGUAAACGCGGAGGAUGUGAUUCUGAUGAUGCAGGUCACUAAAUUCACGUGUGGUGGAUUCGUUGUUGGCAUCCGCUUCAGUCACACAGUUUUUGAUGGCCUCGGAGUAUCCCAGUUCCUGAAAGCAGCCACAGAGGUGGCCACAGGCGUCACACAGCCCACGGUUGCACCAGUUUGGUGCAGGGAAGCCAUCCCGAAUCCACCGAAGCGACCACAAGGAGAACCACCAUCCUUCACCGCCUUCCCCUUUGAGAACUCCAUAAUAGAUCUCCCUCUGGACGGCAUCAACCAUGUCAGGGACGAGUUCAUCAAAGAGACCGGCCACAAGUGUUCCAUCUUCGAUGUCAUCACCGCGAUGGUCUGGCAAGGCCGAACCCGAGCGAUCGAUUUGGAGUCUCACGUCGAAGUCCGCCUUGGAUUCGCCGCGAAUGUCCGCCACUUGCUGCACGAGGUGCUGCCCCAAGGAGGAGGAUUCUAUGGAAACUGUGUGUUCCCCGUGGGAAUCACGUCAACCAGUGGGAAGAUCAAGCAUGCAUCACUUGUUGAGGUGGUGAGUUUAAUUACGGAGGCUAAAGAGAGUCUUGCCACCAAAUUCUCGGAAUGGUUGGUGGGAGACCCCAAGGAGGACGCGUACAGAGUGCCACUGGACUAUGGGACGCUGAUGGUGUCGGAUUGGAGCCGAGUGGGAUUUUCCGAGGUGGACUUUGGGUGGGGAGAGCCGAUCCAUGUUUCCCCUUUGAACGACGAUUGCAACGUCGUAGCUUCGUGCAUCUAUCUCAAGCCGCCCAAACCCAAGCAGGGGGUGCGGUUGAUGACGCGUUGUGUCGUCAUGGAGCACUUGGCAUCCUUUGACGACCUAAUGAUAAAGUCGGCCUAACAAUCGACCCGUGGUCGCGGUUGUAUUGGUGGUGGAAGUCUUAAUAACUUUGCGCUGGAGAAAACAAAUAGAUGGAAGUUGCCCUUGAGAAUACGGGUGCCAUCCAGUAGUUCACAUUAAUUUGCUGGACAAAUUAAGUAUCCUUAGUGACGUGUACUUUUCAUAUUUUUGUGAUGAAUUAUUGUUGCCAACUCUGGUGGGAAUGUAAUGACUUGUUGUGCACCGUA